CGUGAGAUUGGGAACGUCACCGUCACACGCGUCUGAGACGUCGUUCUGUUCAUUUUUCACAUGGGAAGUAGCCAUAGUGUUGUAUACGUUUAAGUGGGGUCGGUUCUUUUCUAGGUGUAAAACACUGUGGCAAAAGCCUGGCUUCGUUUAAGGAUUUUCACUGGAUUUUAUGGUUUUAAAGUGAAAUAUUUUAAAAGAACAAUUUCAUCUGAAAGAAGAUCUGAAAACAGGAAGGAAGUUCUUCGAAACAAGGGUAUUCCUUCUUUUUACACUCUUAGAUACAAUGAAAGUAGCAGUAGAAGGUUGCUGCCAUGGUGAGCUGGACAAAAUAUUUGAGACUAUUCAAUUUUUGGAGGAGAAAGUAAAUGUUAAGGUGGAUCUUUUGUUGUGCUGCGGGGAUUUUCAAGCCGUUAGGAAUGAAGGAGACUUGAAAUGCAUGGCUGUGCCACCCAAGUAUAGGCAAAUGCAGACAUUCUACAAGUUUAUAGAAGGUGACAAAGGAGCACUGGUCCUUCUUGUCUUUUACGGAGGGUCCAAAGAGAUUUGCAACCAUUUACAAGCUUUGCCUCCUCGAGGGUGGCUGCUACCAGUUCUGUUCUUCGCAGGGUAUGCUGGAAUAGUAAAGUUUCGUGGUGUUCGAAUUGGAGGACUUUCUGGCAUCUUCAAGUCUCAUGACUACAGGAAAGGCCACCACGAAUAUCCACCAUAUAAUCAGCAGACAGUAAGAAGUGCUUAUCAUGUCCGGAAUGUUGAAGUCUUCAAACUUAAACAGGUAAAGCAGUCCUUGGAUAUCUUCAUGUCCCAUGACUGGCCAAGAAGCAUUUGUCACUAUGGAAACAAGAAGCAGCUUUUAGUUAAGAAAAAAUUUUUGCAGCAGGAUGUAGAAGACAACACAUUAGGCAGCCCAGCUGCUUCAGAGCUGUUGCAACACCUUCAACCAACGUAUUGGUUUUCUGCUCACCUUCAUGUUAAAUAUGCAGCAGUCAUGCAGCACCAGAAACAGAAAGAUCAAGAGCCACGAACAACAAAAUUCCUUGCUCUGGAUAAAUGUCUGCCACACAGAGAUUUCUUGCAGAUUCUCGACAUUGAACAUGACCCAAAUGCUUCUGACCAUUUGGAGUAUGAUCCUGAAUGGCUGGCUAUUUUAAAAGCUACAAAUGAAUUAAUAAAUGUUUAUCCGAAACAGUGGAACAUGCCAGAAAAUAAUGGCUUGUAUGCAAAGUGGGAUUAUAGCGCAAAUGAGGAAGCAAUAAAAGAAGUCAUAAAGACCCUGGGCCAUGAUCUUUCCAUUCCCCAGAACUUUUGCCUCACUGCUCCAUGCUAUGACCCUAAUAACCCCCAGAAUUCCAGAGAACCAGUACACACAAUCAAUCCUCAGACAACUGAGUUUUGUGCUUUGUUGGACUUAACAGACUUGAAUGCCAAAGUCAAACAGUUGGAGGAGGAGAAGGGAUAUGAAGACCUUGAGAGUAGUGAAGAAGAUAGCAUGGGAUCAGGAGAGGAGCGCAGUGACUAUGACACAUCAGGAUUGUCUGUUUCUUUGAAUCCAGAUGAAAUAACUCUUGAUGAUGAAGAGGAGGAGGAAGAUGAUACAAGAGAAGAUGUCACUGAGGAUACAAGUAAUUACUCAACUGAACAGUCCAGUAACAGUUCGUUUGACUUCUCUGAUCUAAGGGCUCCUCCUGCAUCCAUGGUUAUUUCAUCUGAUGAUACGAGUUCCUCUAACAAUGAAUGUGGAAGAUCCGUUGAAAGUAGUUUUACUGAGGAGGAAGGAAGGAGUCCAGAUGAGAAAUCUCUAAAACGUUUAAGUAAUGAAAAAAGACCAAGCUUGAAAAUUAAGAGAAGAAACCAGGAUAUAUAUGCCUCUCGUGAUGAGGAUGAAGAUUAAAGAUGGGCAGAUAUAGAAUUUUCUAGUUUUUUAAUUGUAUAAUUUGUUUAUGUGUAUAAUUUAUCAAAGUUUUGCUCUGGCUAUUGGGGCAAGUUUGUUUUUUUAAAUAUUUUUAUUUGUAAACUAUAUGUAAUAAAAUACUACAUUUUACUUCA